AUGCUUGCCUCCAGACAGGUUCUGGGCAACUUGGCCCGGGGCCGCGUCCUGAAUGGCGCUUCUAGCAGUCUUCGUCGCAUGGCGACGGUCUCUGAUUUUUCACUUGACAAGAAGGUUCGCCAAAACAUCUGGGAAGACAACACCUUUAUCAACUACAAGAAAAUGUCCGAAAAUCUGGCUGUCGUCCGCAGCCGCUUGAAUCGACCGCUCACAUAUGCUGAGAAGAUCUUGUACUCUCACUUAGACGACCCUCACGGUCAAGACAUUGAGCGCGGCAAGUCCUACCUCAAGCUGCGACCAGAUCGUGUUGCCUGCCAGGAUGCUACCGCACAGAUGGCUAUUUUGCAAUUCAUGUCCGCUGGCAUGGAACAGGUUGCGAAUCCAACCACUGUUCACUGCGAUCAUUUGAUUGAGGCACAGGUCGGUGGCGAAAAGGAUCUUGCCCGUGCUAUUAGUAUUAACAAGGAAGUUUACGACUUCCUUUCUUCUGCCUGCGCCAAAUACAAUAUCGGUUUCUGGCGCCCUGGAUCUGGUAUUAUCCACCAGAUCAUCCUCGAGAACUAUGCUUUCCCUGGUGGACUGCUUAUUGGAACUGACUCCCACACUCCCAACGGUGGCGGUCUCGGCAUGGCAGCAAUUGGCGUCGGAGGUGCUGAUGCUGUCGAUGUCAUGGCCAACCUGCCAUGGGAAUUGAAGGCUCCUAAGGUUAUUGGUGUCAAGCUUACAGGCCAACUAUCUGGCUGGACAGCUCCCAAAGACAUCAUUCUCAAGGUCGCCGACAUCUUGACCGUCAAAGGCGGCACUGGUGCCAUUGUCGAAUAUCAUGGACCUGGCGUAGACACUAUCAGCUGUACCGGCAUGGCUUCGUGCGCGAACAUGGGAGGUUUGUUUUCGAUUAUCACCCUAGUUAUCUGGCGACUGUGCACUAAUGAGGAAUUAGCUGAAAUUGGAGCUACUACGUCCGUUUUCCCAUUCAACGACCGAAUGUACGACUACCUCGCAGCUACCAAACGCAAAGACAUCGGCGACUUUGCGCGUGGUUAUGCAUCAGAGCUGCGUGCUGAUGAAGGCGCUGAAUACGAUCAACUCAUUGAACUCAAUUUGUCAGAACUCGAGCCUCACAUUAACGGUCCUUUUACUCCUGAUUUGGGCACCCCGAUCUCAAAAUUCAGCCAAGCUGUGAAGGACAAUGGCUGGCCAGAAGAGCUCAAGGUCGGCUUGAUUGGCUCCUGCACCAAUUCAUCAUACGAAGAUAUGUCCCGCGCGGCGUCUAUUGCGCGAGAUGCGUUGGACCACGGCUUGAAAGCCAAGGCCGCCUUUACUGUAACUCCAGGAUCUGAACAGAUUCGUGCCACUAUUGAGCGAGAUGGACAGCUCAAGACCUUUGAGGAAUUUGGCGGCAUGGUUUUGGCAAAUGCCUGUGGUCCCUGUAUCGGUCAGUGGGACCGUCGGGACGUGAAGAAGGGCGAAGCCAAUUCCAUUGUGUCUUCGUACAACAGAAAUUUCACUGGCAGAAAUGACGGGAACCCUGCUACUCAUUCUUUUGUUACCUCUCCUGAUCUUGUAGUCGCUCUCACCAUUGCCGGCAGCCUGCACUUCAAUCCUCUCACUGAUAAACUCAAGGACAAGGACGGCAACGAGUUUCUCCUGAAACCUCCCACUGGAGACGGGUUGCCCGUCCGUGGUUACGACCCUGGAAAUGACACAUACCAGGCACCUCCCAAAGAUCGCGUGGGUGUUACCGUGCAAGUUUCGCCAAGCUCCGAUCGUUUGCAGGUCCUCCAACCCUUCGAGGCUUGGGACGGAAAGGACGCCAAAGACAUCCCGAUCUUGAUCAAGGCGAAGGGGAAAACUACUACUGACCACAUCUCCAUGGCGGGCCCUUGGUUGAAAUACCGUGGCCACCUGGACAACAUCUCCAACAACAUGCUCAUUGGCGCCAUCAAUGAGGCUAAUGGUGAAGCGAACAAGAUCAAGAACUUUACAACGGGUGAGUGGGACGCGGUCCCCGCCGUCGCACGCGACUACAAAAAGAAGGGCAUCAAAUGGGUGGUCAUUGGUGACUGGAACUACGGCGAGGGUAGUUCUCGUGAGCAUGCCGCUCUGGAGCCUCGCCACCUUGGUGGUCUUGCCAUCAUUACCCGCAGCUUUGCUCGUAUUCACGAAACAAACCUAAAGAAGCAAGGAAUGCUUCCUCUUACUUUUGCUGACCCAGCUGAUUACGACAAGAUCAAGCCUGAUGACAAGGUUGAUAUUCUCUGCACACAGCUCGCCGUUGGCCAGCCUAUUACCAUGGUGGUCCACCCCAAAGAUGGCAAGUCUUUCGAGGUUCCCCUACAGCACACAUUCAACGAGGCUCAGAUCGAAUGGUUCAAGAAUGGAAGUGCCCUCAACACCAUGGCUAAGGCCGCCUAA